AUGACGUCUCUUUUUCGUCGGUUGCGUUCCUCAUCUCCGUCACCGCUGCGCACGGGCGGAAAGAGCGACCUCGUGGGAGCCGACAUGUUUCUCGUGCAGGUAAUCGCGUUUGGCGAGGUCUUUGCCGUCCCCGUGUGCAGGACAACCCCUGUCACGGUUGUCCUGCGCCAUGUGAUGGAGGCAGCGGUGACGGAGGAGCAGGCGGCAGAGCUGGGUAGCGUGGGGGCGACACUGUACUACAAGGAUAAGCCGCUCCAGCUCGACGGAACAAUGGCGACGGUCUCGCGCAGCGCCGUCCUCCACCUGCACUCGAGCGUGUCGAUCACCUCCUCCAUCAUCCGCAAUUGUCGGAACGGUGCCGUCUCGAUGCUGCCGGGUAGUCGCCGGCGGCACGCCCACACGACGGCCACCAUGCAGCCCUGCCUGCGGGGCAAGAGCGUCGUCAGCGGUGGCUGUGGGGACCUCGGCUCCCUUACCCCUCACCGGCUUUCAUCUGGUUUUGCGGGUCUUUCUUCGGAAUGCAGCCCCAAUACAGAGCGGCAGGAAAGCCCCGCGGGCGCGGGACUCGGUAGCAUCUGCGAGUCUGUCUCCUCCGCCUACCCCAACAUGGGGCUGAUGAGUACACCGAUGCUGCCCGAGGCAGCUUCCGUGAAGAUGUGGCCGCCGGCGGUGCUGCCGAUGAUGUCUGCCGUGCCCGUCGCAACGGCUGCGGGGACCGGCAUCGUUAGUGAGACACCGUGUUACUAUUUUGUCCCCUGCGCAGGUGCCGCGGCGCAAACCUCGAUACGGCUGCUCAGCACUCAGAGCCGCAGUGCGUCAGGGCUGUCGCUCAUGGCGAGCCGUCGUCGCGACAGCGCCGUUGAAUUUGCGAACAACUACCGCUUCGUUCCGGUCGGCGUCAGCCCGCUCCACACCGCCGCCACCACUGCAGUCGACCUGUUGUCGUCCUCCCCUCUUCCUUCCCCACCCAACGUGUCCGCCGUGGCCGCCAGCCGCUUCCCAGACAGUAGCGACCCAUACUUGGUCUUGUACCUGCGUCUGCCACGCGACAGGGCAGUCGCCUGCAUGUCUGCCGCUGCCCUGAACACCGACCGCAGUGUUGUCGUGGAUGCGGUGGAGGCAGACGAGGUGCCGGUCGAGGCGCUGCUGAACUCGACCAUGUCGACCGUUGUGGCCGCCAAAUCCUGUGCCACCAGAGCGUACACAUACCGCCGUCUGCGCGUGCUGCGGGACUUUCCAGUGGGCACACUGCGCGAGCUGUUUGCUGUGGCUGCCGAGCACCGCCUGCACCUCGCUCAUGCCGAGGUGGAGGACGAGCAGAAGACCUUCCGUGAGAUGAAUGUGGCGCCGAACGCCGUCUUCUACUUCAAGCGGCGAGCCAAGGCAGAGCAUCAGCACUCUCUGACACGCGAGCGCAUUCGCGAGCACCUUGGUGCUGCUGCGACAGCGCUGCAGUCGCUGGAGAUGACGAAGGAUGACAGUAGCGCUGAGAGGCACUCUGUCCUUUCUUGCAUCGAGCCUGGGUGUCCCUCGGCGGACCUGUCCUUUCCUCAGGCCACCGUACCCAUGUUCUCGGGCACCGUGCCAAGCGUUGGUGCUCACAACUGCAGCCAAAACAUCCUCAGCAGCAGCGCCACCUUCAACGCCUUCUCCAUCAAGGAGCGUAUACAGGCCUUCAACGAGAACGCUGUGCACAGCUCCACCUACGGCGCUGAGCAGGCCAUCUGCUCGGCGGACGGCGGUGCGGCGGAGCAUCUGCAGUCAUGGCAGAAGCAACAACGCACCACAGAGCGCGACGAGUCACCAGUCGCCACUCCGCUGAGGGAGAUAGUGGGGGUGGAGUCGGAAGAGUCCUGCAUCGACGUGGACUGCUGUUUGUCAGAUGAAGAAGAGGAAGAGGCAACCACUACCAUGACCAUCGCGACACGCCGCGCUCCUUCACCCCAAGCUGGUUCGGCGUCACAGGUCACUUCCACCUUCUGCUUCGCCACCCCUCCCGUAGACGCGGCGAAGCAGAACGUGGAGGCCGAUGCGCUUCAUGGCGAGGUGGUAGUGGUGGUCGAGGCAGCGCGCACCACAGCAUCCACACAGUUGCCCAAGACGAGGCGGGCAUCGAUGCUGGUCACCAAGUUGGAUGACCUGUGCGAGGACUGGACCAAUGGCACCUCGGUGUCCACGGCCCUGGCGCCACCCCGCCGCGCUGCCGAGGGGGCACGGUCGCUAUCUGUGGCUGAUGCUUUGCAGCCGGCUGUCGAUACCGGUGAGCCCCUCAAUCCACUUUCCGCACACGUCAAUGGGGGCUUUCUUCGCCCACUCCACUCCACCGACGAGGCGACUGAUGCAGCGCCGCGGCGAGGGUCACUAAGGGAAUCUAACAAGGAAGCGGUGACUGCCAAGAGGGGAGUGCAGUCGCCCGAGGGAACCCCGGCAGUGAGCCGCCCGACCUCGACAGAGUCACCGUCAGCCAAGACGAAACGUUCCAACAGCGCCUCAUUCUUCCACCCCCUGCGAUGGCUGUUAUCGCGUCAGCACAAGCCCCACAGUGCCACCAGGUCUUCCUCGUUCGGCAAAGAUGCGUCUGCUGCCGCCCCCCUCGCUGCCGCAUCGUCGCUGACGCCGUCCAUCUCUGAGGAGGUCCUGAAGGCAUUGAGGCGCAAGUCGGAGAACUUCAGCAGCAAGAAGAAAUCCAAAGAAACAGCCGGGACAACGUCAACUCGAACCACGGCAUUGGCACCGUUAUCAGCGGAGGUGGCGGUGAGAACAACUGGAGCAGUCGCCACGACUGAAUCUGCGGAGCGAGGGAAGGUGGAGAUGGGGUACACAGCUGUGCAACCGCAGGCGAUUCCAGGGCACGGCAGGCCCUCACGCGGUAGCGGUUCAUCGUACAGCCAACGCACUCGCCGUGCGAGUGCGAGUAUGCCGUGCCAGCCUGUUGCCUUCCUCGGCUCCGACUCUAGGGAAGCUGCCAACAUCACUUUGCCAACGGCAACGCUCCACGCUGCUGAGGACAUCAGUACAACCGUCGAGCCUGCCGUACUCAGCUCCACACACAUCCCUACUCCACACGAGUCGCAGACUCCUGUGUCGAUCCUCGUCUCCGCCACGCAGGGGCAGCGCAGCAGCUGGCAGAGCAAGAAUCGAAGCCCUGGGAGUUGCUCAUUCGAGCGCGUGAACCCAACUGCGUCCCUGCGGCAGCGCAGAGCGGAGAGCGGCACCCCGGAGUACAGUGUCGAGAGCCCCAGCAGCGCACAUGGGCUGCGCAUCAUCCUCAAGGACCCGAAAGACCCCACACGCUUUCACUACGGCAUCCCCGUCGAGCCGGAUUGCCCAGUUGGGGAGCUGCGGGAGUGGAUCGCAGCCAUGCAGCGGCCGAGCAGCGCAGCGGGCGAGGUCACGCCGAACCUGCGCGAUGCGCAGCGCUACGGCAUUUUUCUGGGCGACACGUACCUACCCCAAGCGGACUCGGCUACCUUCGCUGAGGUGACACGCGGUCGCAACGACACCGUCUUUUCCAUUCGUUCCUUGUAG